CUGGCACGUGACCUGCACCACAUGUCUCUAUGCCAUGGCGUCGACCUCGAUGAAGUGAGAUUUGAGAUCUUGGAGAUCAUUAUUUAUACUUUGAUCAUACGCAUUGAUUUAUUUCAUUUUCUAAACGAUCUCAUUUCAUCAAUUUAUCUGCCCUGCUCCAUGAAAGCGUCUCCUGCUCUGACACGACCUCUCACGGACGGCACAAGUUAAAACCCAUUGUCACCACCACAGCCAGCAUGACGGUGGCACUCCAGGAUCUGGACGCGCACGAGCAGCCGUCAGAGAGCAUGCGAGCCGAGUGGAAGAACUUCACCAAGAUCAGUCACGAGACCGUCCUCCAAGAUCCACGCAUAGAUGACCCGCGAAAACCACUAUCAGAAAACGGCUUCAAGACAGCAGGCCAUAUCUCAAAAUCCCAAAUCAAAGAGGCGUUUUCAAGCAUAGGAGUCAACGCAGACGUCAAAGAAGAUGCCCCCCUGAUUCACCACCCCCUACUCCCCGGUCUUUUGAUCGCACCAAACCUCGUGCCAGAAGACGUCCAAACCAGACUCGUGGACGUCAUGGUCCAUCGUGAUCUGAGCAAUCCGACACACCAAACCAACAUGCAUCUUCACUUUGAUGUACCCUAUCCUCCCGACGGCGCUUCCUUCUUUUCUCUCCCGCCCGAUGGGCCGCCUUUUACCCCCAAAGAUCCCAGCGUACACAAACCACUGUCGCCCUCGCAAGUCCUCAACAAACGUCUGCACUGGGUCACUCUGGGCGGGCAGUAUGACUGGACGGACAGGGUGUAUCCCAACGAGAAACCACCUCCUUUUCCAGAGGACAUUGCAGCUUUCCUGGAGAGUCUAUUCCCGGCGACGGAGGCACAGGCGGCUAUUGUCAACUUUUACAGUCCGGGGGAUACCAUGAUGAUGCAUCGCGACGUCAGCGAGGAGGCGAAUCGAGGCCUGGUCAGUCUGAGCCUGGGGUGCGAUGGUCUCUUCAUGAUCGCCCCGAGCAGCGCCGGGAAUCAAGAGGCGGAAUCGGAUUAUGACGGUGACAAGCAGUAUCUCCUGCUACGACUACGGUCAGGCGAUGCUAUCUACAUGACCGAAGAGUCGAGGUAUGCGUGGCAUGGUGUCCCAAAGGUAGUCAAGGGGACCUGUCCCGACUUCCUCGCGCAAUGGCCAGCAAGCGGCCAAGAUGCCGCGUACGAGGAAUGGAAAGGCUGGAUGCGGAACAAGAGGAUCAACCUCAACGUCAGACAGAUGAAGGACUGAUAGUUGGUAUACUGGAAUGCUCAUGUUAACAAUGCCAAGUUACACGGUGCCGUGCCGUGUCUAACUCCCAUCUAUGCAAAACCGAAUCCCUGGGCGUUUUCCAGCGCCAUCGCCAGUCGCUCCCUAAGAGCGUCCUUAUCCUUAUACUCCGGAAGCAACAAUGUACCGUAACAUGUAUAGGCCGUAGGUUGCUCACACCGCCCACCGGCAGUCGGUCAGAUGC